CCAGAAGAGGGAACGGAGACCGGGACACCCGAAGAGGAAACGGAGACCGCGAUACCCGGGAUGUGCGAUCAUCCGCCAGUGGCCCUCUGCAGAGAGAUCAACGGAAGAGUUAACGAGACGGUGUUGUACGACCCGACCGACGAUUGGUGCACCUACUAUGACCCCGGUGUGAAUUGCUUCGCCGGUGACAACCGCUUCCGUGACAUGGCAUCCUGCGAGGCCGCCUGCAGUGGUCCACAACGCAUGCCCGCUUGCUCGGCACCCGUGUACAUGCAUACCUGCAGUCCGGGCAUUGACACCAAAAGCUCGGCGUACUACCACUUCGAAGAUUGGUGCCUCGCUGUGGAAAAGGGUUCGUGCCUCGUCGGCCAGGGUUUCAGCUCCGAGCAAGAUUGCAAAGAUGCGUGCAAAGAGGAGAACACUGGCCCGGCCGAGUGCCACAACACGAACGUGGUGGUGUGCAACCUGGCGGCACAUAUUCACCAGGUGGCGUUCUUUCAGGGACACUGCGAGCAGCGCGCCAACAUAUGCCCGAAAUCAGUCGGUUUCACCAGCAUCAAGCACUGCUCCCGCAUGUGCGAAAGUGCAUUCAAGACCUCCCCUGUGCCCAGCCUCCAAAGGCAGUGAAAUGCUGACUCUGUUACAUGAACUCAUGCCCGUGCGUUGCUGCUACGCCAACCGAAC